AAGAUAUUUUCCCUUACAAGGAACUCUAGGUUUUUCAAAUUGAUUGAACUGCAUUUGGAUUGCUCGGAUUGACUAUUGAAAGACAUGACUGAGGAGCACAAGAGAAAAACUAAUGAUCCUUUUCUCAAGCCAGGGAGACAGCAAAAUAUGCCAAGGUCACCUAGAUUGUGCACACCUAUUAAGAAGGACUGGCCAGAGAGUUUACCAAAUGAAAAUGUGAUUGGUAAUGAAGAUAAUGGUUUGAGUAGAUAUGUUACUUCCUUAGCUGGAUCUGGAACUGCUAGUACUAGUUUUUGUUCCAUGACUGAUUCUGAACACAUUGUUGAAGAGUUACAUGUUAGGAAUUAUAAGAACCCAAAUACAGGUUUACUUAGCCACUCUCACAAUUCAAGACAGCCUCAGAAGAAUCAUUUGGCUAUUGAGUCUAAGUAUAAUACUUUGAGUAGAGAAAUUGUACCAAAGGUUGAAGAGCAGAUACCACAUAGAUUAAGCAAAGGACUUAAGGAAAUUGAUUCUGGAUUUUGGGGCCUGAAGUCUUUGUGUAGCAAGAACUUAAAUCAUGAGCUACUGAAAGACCCUAUAAAUAUAAGCAAUAUGGACAAGACUAGCACCUCAAGCAAUGCACAUCUUGUUAGCAACACAAUGCAGAAACCUUCAUCUACAUAUAAUUUUCCUGAAUUGAUUGUAAAGCAAACAAUGAAGGGAAAGGGAGUUAUUUACAAAGAUUUAGACAAAAGGCAAGAGGAUGAGAAACCUGCUUUUGCAACUAAGUUUCAAUCUGAUACAUUUCUGAGAUCAAAUAUUGAUGAUGAUAAUAAGCCUUCCUUGCAAGGAACUGACAUGUCUGGCACAGAAUCUUUAAACGAUGGACUCAACUUAAGAGGGUGGCUGAAAUCUUCAGGUCAUGAAAUGAAGAAAUCAGAAAGGCUACAUAUAUUUAAGCAGAUCUUGGAUUUGGUUGAUUUUGCACACUCACAAGGGGUUUUCUUGCAAGACUUACGACCAUCUUGUUUCAUUUUAUCCUCUGCAAGUAAAAUUAAAUACAUUGGUUCAUGUGGCCAACUAGAGUUACAUAAUAAAGUCAUGACCUGCAAUGUGACUAGGAAAAGGCCUUUGGAGCAGGAUAUCUGUGCUUGCCAAAGUUUCAGUGCUAAUCAGCAAAAGCUUUGUGAGGAAACAAGAUCUCUUAGGCAGCAGGACCACUCCACCUUUAUUCAUGGCUGCAGGUCUACAACAGUGAAUCAGAAUGAAUCUUACAGAAACAGGCCCUUGGAAUCAAGGAAUAAAGAAAUUCUGUGCCAAAAUGAUUUCAGUUGUCAACAUACUUUUACUGAAGAAAAGCAUUGUAUGUCUGUAACCAUUCAGUUAGAAGAAAAGUGGUAUUGUAGUCCAGAAGAGCUCAAUGAGGGAGUUUGCACGUUUUCAUCAAAUAUUUAUAGCCUUGGAAUUCUUCUUUUUGAGUUGCUGUGCAAUUUUGAGUCAUGGGAGGCGCAUUCAACAAUGAUGUUGGAUUUGUGUCAUAGAAUCUUACCGCCAAGAUUUCUGUCAGAAAAUCCAAGGGAAGCUGGUUUUUGUCUUUGGCUUCUGCAUCCUGAACCUUCUUCUCGCCCCAAUACCAGGAUGAUUUUAGAAUCUGAAUUUAUAUGUGAACCAGAGGAAUCAAAUUCUGGAGAUGAUGCUGCAGUAACUGAUGAUGAUAAGGCUGAAACUGAGGAAUUAAUACACUUUUUAAUUUCACUUGAAGAAAAUAAGAAAAAACAGGCAGCCAAGUUGGCAGAAGAGCUAAAUUGCUUGAAUGAAGAUAUUAAGGAAGUAGAAAGGAGUUAUUCAUCUGGGACAGAUUCAUUAUUUACUCUGGCACAAAUGAGCUAUCCUAAAUUGAAAGGAAACAGUUUACAUUUUCAAGAUCCUUCCACUUUAGAUAUUAGUAGACCUAUUCCAAGGUCAUUUGCUAAUGAAGCAAGACUUAUGAGUAACAUAAAUCAGCUAGAGAAUUCUUACUUUUCCAUGAGAUCCCAAGUUCUGGUUAAAGAAGUUUCAGCUGUUGCAAGCUAUGAUAAAAAUGUGAUAGAAAGUAGAUUGAGAUUGCCUCAUGUAGAGAAUGCUAAUAAGGAUCCAAGGAAAAUUCGGAGUUCUGUUGGUUGUCUAGGACCCUUCUUUGAAGGAUUAUGCAAGUUUGCUCGUUACAGCAAGUUUCAAGAGUGUGGUACAUUAAGAAAUGGAGAUCUUCUUAGUUCUGCUAAUGUAACAUGUGCUUUAAGUUUUGACCGUGAUGAGGAUUACAUUGCAGCAGGUGGAGUUUCAAAGAAAAUCAAGAUUUUUGACCUCAAUACUAUUUCUAGUGAUUCUAUUGACAUCCAAUACCCUGUAGUUGAGAUGUCAAAUAAAUCAAAACUUAGCUGUGUGUGUUGGAACACUUACAUAAAAAAUCAUCUGGCAUCUACUGACUAUGAUGGUGUGGUUCAGAUGUGGGAUGCAGGCACUGGUCAGCCAUUGUCUCAAUACAUGGAGCACCAAAAGAGAGCUUGGUCUGUUCACUUUUCUCUUUCCGACCCAAAAAUGUUUGCUAGUGGAAGUGAUGACUGCUCUGUGAAACUCUGGAAUAUCAGCGAGAGAAAUUCUUUAGGAACCAUAUGGAGCCCUGCCAAUGUAUGCUGUGUUCAGUUCUCAGCAUACUCAACCCAUCUUAUAUUUUUUGGAUCAGCUGAUUACAAGGUGUAUGGUUAUGAUCUUCGUCACACUAGAAUCCCUUUGUGCACAUUAGCUGGUCAUGGAAAAACUGUUAGCUAUGUGAAAUUUCUAGAUGCUGAAACAGUUGUCUCUGCUUCCACUGACAACACUUUGAAGCUAUGGAACCUGAAGAAAACCAGCUCUUCUGAGUUGUCAUCUGAUGCUUGUGGCUUAACCUUUAAAGGUCAUAGAAAUGAAAAGAAUUUCGUGGGUUUAUCUGUUUUGGAUGGAUAUAUUGCAUGUGGUUCAGAAUCUAAUGAGGUAUACUGUUAUCACAAAUCUUUGCCAGUGCCAAUUGCUUCUCACAAAUUUGAGUCAAUUGAUCCCAUUUCUGGUCAUUCAAAUAGUGGUGAUAAUAAUGGACAGUUUGUUUCUAGUGUUUGCUGGAGAAAGAAAUCUAACAUGCUUGUUGCCGCCAACUCAGUUGGAAUUGUGAAACUACUGCAGAUGGUCUGACAGAAAAGAUAACAUAUUUCAUUAACACUGAAACCUGAAAAGCAGUUCAGUUCCUGAGACCAUAAUAUUUUGAUUUAUUGCGCGGGAAUAGAUUCUCUUAUAUAACAUGAGAUCAUGCGAGAGAAUCUCAACCGUCCACAAACAAAUUAACUCCAUAGAGUGAACAUUAGAAUGGGAAAUGGGAAAAGAUAAUUGUUGAUUUGUUUGUGGAUGGUAAGAGAUUCUUUCUCAUUACCUCAUGUCACAUGAGAGGAUUCAUUCCCGACUUGGCAUACACUUUAUUUGGGAUGAACUCAAACCAGUGCUUUAUUCAGGAUUUAAUGAUUAAUGGGGAAUAAAGCUUAAAGAGUGGGGUCACCAUUUGCUUUAAUUCACAGAGGUGUCUCUUUAAUUUCAACGGAUGGGUAAUCCUGUCAGGAGUUUGUUUUCUACAAUAUAACAUGAGGAGCACUUUUUCUUAAAAUCUGAACCAAAAUAAACUGAAGAAGAAAUGUAUGAAGCAUGUACAAAUAUAGGCUUUUGAACUGAAGCACUGGUGAAGCUGGAGCAUGCAAGUCUCUUCAAAAUAUCACCCAUGACUUGUGAUUUCCUCUGAUCCAUUACUGCUCCUGUGUAUUAGCACACCCUCCAAAGUGCAAUGCAAAUUUUUUUCCUUCAAGAACUUCUAAUCAAUGGGAGGGGCACCAGACAGACCUGAAAGUUUUGUUGAACUUGAAACAGCCAAAUUUGUUUCACAAGUCCCUUCUCAUAAUAGCUCCUUGCAUCAAUACAUCCAUGGUCCUGAGACUGCAGUCUGUAAAGGAAGUGAAAAACAUAUUACUAAAGCAGAUCUGGAUGCAGUCUAGAGAUAUACUAGUUGCCUUAACUUCCAAAUUACUUGUAAUUUAUCAAAAAUGUACAUGAUAUCAUCUAUGGUUUGCAUUUAUUUGCAAAAACUAACUGUAGUUGACACGAUGUUUAAAAUAUUACUUGUA